AUGAGGAUCGUAUAUGGGGGAAGGAAGUACAAGAAUGAUAUGAUCAGUAAAGACUACGAAUUCGGUAAAACUAGCAUACUGAAUAGAAAGAAGUAUACAUUAGUUAUCGAUGAGGACACGAAUGGCAGUUAUAUAAGAUUCACCGUUUUACCUGUAUCUAAUAUAAAGUUUAAAAAAGUCAAGCAGAAUGGGAGAAUGGAAAUCAACAUGGGCACACAGUAUCAUCAAAUUAUACUUAUCUUACUACUGAACAUUACAUUCUAUGCGAUUUGUGUAAGAUCAAGAUUUCUCGAGCAUAUCAAUAGGACUUUUGAACUGAGGAUCGCGCUAAGUCGCGAGAUCGUAAUUAUGAUGGGAUUGUUUGUCCUAGGUACCAUUAUACUUGUGAGAGAACCUAGUGUGGAAACCGUAACAAUUUUCAAAGAAACUGGACUACAGUUGUCCACAGUGAAGGGUAUAGUUAUUUUCCCUCAACAGUGGAACCGGAAACUUUUUGAACAGGUGGAAUUUAUAUCCAAUGAAAGAAUUAUAGAUGUUGUGAUUAACGAAGGUUUUUGUCGUGGAUUUCGAGUAAUAUUCUACCUUGCAGCAAUUGUACGUAAAUCGUCUGCACUUAAACUUUUAUUUCCAUCAAACUUACCUAAUAUCGAUGACCAACGUUUAAUAUACAAUAUAUCUAGAAAAUAUCUCAGUAAGCAAGAGAAACCCUUGCGCAGGCCGAAAAAUUGA